AUGCAAGCGGAUCCACCUCAACCCACCAAUACAAAUCAAGAAACACCUCAACCAUUAGUCAAGAAGAAAAGAAAACCACCAAGAAGAUUGCCGGUACCUGUACAGCGUAAAGACAUUUGGCGACGCCUCAUGCAAGUUGAUGCUGGUUUAACCAUUGCGGAUUGGUUGUCCAUGGAUCGUCAAGCUUAUAUGGAUAUUCGUGAUGGGUUGCGUUACUUAUAUGGAAGAAAACCAAAGGCUCAAGUUGCUGGUGUACAAGGUGUUGGUGUACAAGGUGCUGCUCCCGUGAAUCUUAUCAACCAAGACUUGUCAAGCGAAGACUCAUGGAGUGAUGGAUCCGACUUUGAGGAUUAUGAAUCGGAGGAUGGCGAAUUUAAUGUGCAUUCAGAAAUUGAUGCAUAUGAUUCCGAUGAUACAGAAGCCGAUUAUCCAUACGAUUAUGCCAAGAUGAGGAAAAGUCGUCCAUUACGUGCUCCGAUUGUGAUCCAUGGUGAAUGCAUUGAUGCCAUUUUUGAUACUGGUGCAAGCGUUUCGGUGAUUAGCAAGAAGCUGGCAGACAAGUUACAUCUCUGUGAUGGUUGCUAG